CUAUUUCAGUAAAAUGCAGAAUGAAAAACCUAAGGAUGACAUGUAAUCAUGUCACGGAGGGUGUGUGCAUGAGUUUUUUUUUUUUUUGUUGAAGUUUUUUUUUUUUUUUUAUUAGUUUUUGACACCAAUAAAAGAUGAUGGAAGAGGAUCGAGGCAUGUUUCCAUGGUAACAGCUGGCGACAUGCUGCAGCAUCAAGUAAAAAUAGAACAACCCUCUUGUUCUAAAAAUCACAACACGAUGUCUGGACUACAAUAUCCUCUGCGAACUGAGCUAUUUCCAAAUAUGGCUGUCAUAUCUACUUGACUAGCAUAGAUAUAUAACAUAAAUAUGCAUAUAAAUAUAUAACCAACAAUCUUUGCAGAUCAGUCCACAGAAUCUCCUUCCUUCCCAGUAAGUGCAAUUUGGGCAAUCAUACGUUUCAACAAAGCCCAGCUCAGGUAAUUGGAAAACAUUUUGACAAUGCAGAAGUGAUCUCACAUCGGUGAAACGCGACGUUUAGCGCGUUUGUUGUUGUUUCUUGAGCAGUAGCAACGUAGCGUGUGUGACGUUUGUUUGUCUCCAUGCGCGUUGGUGAAAGCCCGAAUAAGCAAACUUGUCAGCGGAACGUUUCAAGAAAGAAUAGAACAGCAUAUUUCUUAGUAUUGUGGGACAACUUGAAAAUAAAAGCCGCAGCCACCUGCCUUUUUGAGUGUAAGGUAACAGGUUGGAAGAUGUUAAGCGUGGUUGAUAUUCGUGUUUCCUAAUGUACCUGAAUACAGCACCGGCGUUGGUUUCUAUGGCAACGCCGGACAUCGGAAACGAAAGAUGGUUCACAUCACAGAAGAUUUGAUCCGGCGCCGCGCCGAGCACAACGAGUGUGAGAUCUUCUCCCUGGAGGAGGUCUCCCUACACCAGCAGGACAUCGAGAGGAUCGAGCACAUCGAGCGCUGGUGCAGGGAUCUGAAGAUCCUUUACCUGCAGAACAACCUCAUACCACGAAUCGAGAACGUGGGCCGCCUGAAGAAGCUGGAAUACUUGAACCUCGCCUUGAACAACAUAGAAGUCAUUGAAAACCUCCAAGGAUGCGAGAAUCUGCAAAAGUUGGACCUGACGGUCAACUUUGUGGGGCGUCUGAGCAGCGUGGAGAGCCUGAAAGAAAACGUGCACCUACGUCAGCUCUUUCUGGUGGGCAACCCCUGCACGCUCUUUGAAGGCUACCGCAAGUACGUGGUCGCCACCCUGCCCCAGCUCAAGUGUCUGGACGGCACCGAGGUGACGCGCUCGGAGCGUAUCGUGGCCAAUCAGGGCCUGGAGGAGCUGAGGCGGCGCAUCCUGGAGCAGGAGGACCAAUACCUGAGGAAGAAGGCCCAAGAGGAGGAGGCCAACUCCAAGCAGGCCGAGGAACCGCCAAAUGGUGCUCCUGAGCCGCAGAACGAGUCAGACGAAGAGCGACUCGAGAAGGAAUUCUGGCACACGCCGUGUGCCUUCACUCCGGAAUCCCGCUUGGAGGCUCAUCGCCGCCUGGAAGCCAAGCGGACGGCCAGGGACAAAGGCAACGAGAAGAAAGUCAAGCUCCCGAAGACUCUGAUAACUGCUGAUGGACGAGUUCUAAAUGUCAAUGAGCCCAAGCUGGACUUCUCUCUGACGGAAGACGACAACAACAAGAGGAUUGUUUUGGACCUGGCGGUCUACAGGCACAUGGACACCUCCCUGAUGGACGUGGACGUGCAACCAACGUACGUCAAAGUCACCGUCAAAGGAAAACGCCAAAUCCCGACGGUGCAGAUAUUUCAGCUGGUUCUGCCGGCCGAGGUCAAGCCCGACAGCUCGACGGUCCGGCGCUCGCAGACCACAGGACACUUGCUGCUCCACAUGCCCAGGGCUCAAGGUGAACUGGAGGUGACAAAAAGCGCCGUUCGGCCGUCCAAAGAUGACCGCCGCCCCCAUCGCGGUUCGGCCGACAGUAAACAAAGGUAAAGUCCCACACGCCGAGGUUUGGCUUGGCUACUUUUCAAAAUUCCAUCAGAUUGAUUUUAAACCAUACACACAUGCGUUCGUACCAAGGUCAAAGUAUUGAUGCAGCAAACAAAACCUGCCUGUGCAGGCGUGACAGGUCAAAGUUGAGGGCGCGAAACAAUCGAGCGACUUUCUCAAGCAUCUGAACUGCUGGUGUGUUUUGAUGAGUACAGCGCUUGCCUUUGGCUGACCCCGGGAUCGAUGACGCCAUGUUUGUUUCCACCGAUUUCCUCGCAGCCACCCGGAUGUCGUGAAAGUGCGACCCCGCUAGCGGGUCAGGUGGUUGGGCAGCAUAGCGCUAGUGGGUCGGCAGACAAGCGCCUCGGUGCGCUCCGCCUCUUUUCUGCACGCUGCCUCUUAUCUGCACGCCAGCAGAUGAGCUUAAGAUGGGCCCCGUGACCUGGCUGCGCUCCCCUGACGCUAAGCGGGAAUCUGCAAGACGCUCACGACGCUCGCCGCCGCCUCAAACUCAAUUAGAGUCGUCGUGAAGGCCGACACAGCGCGCCGCAAAACCUUCUCCAAGGUCGGGAUGUCGUCCGGCGACUCGCCCGACCGCUAAUUGCGUUCCGAAUCGCUGGCAGCUCAGGGCGUCCUGAUGCCGCUUAUUGUCGACCAUUGUCUUCAUGUAGCCCCUCCCCCAAACGUCACAGCCAUGUUGGACACAUCCCGUCACGGCUCGGGCCUACUUCUGGGCCGGCCGCCAAAGAGCGAGCCACGUGUCGCUAAGCAAGCGCCCAACCCAGCAUCUGUUUGCGUCCGGUUGACUCCACAGCGGGCGUGGCGUUGCCGAGUGGCUGGAAGUGGACGCUGGUGGAAGGGUGGACAUUGCCAACAUCGUGGUGGCACACCGGCGCGCCACCGAAGGGCCGUUGGACGCCUCUGGCCGGGUUCCUGACGUUGACGAGGAACCC